UUACUUUCCCGAGAAGAGAAAAAAAAAUCGAUGACGACGUCGUUUUUUUUAUUAACCUCGUUAUUCUUCUGUCGUUGGGAAGCAGAAUCUUGGGAUGAGUUGAGCAGCGGUGAAUGAUGAAUCGUUCCUCUGGACGGCUGCCAGCUUACCUGAGUAAUUACUCAAACUUGCACUCCUUGCGCGAGUGUUUAUGAAGCUAGACGGAGGCUAUGCAGGCAAGCGGAUGAUCUCUGGAUAAAUGCAGGCUGUGGCAACCUGCGCUGAAUAUCAAAAAGUGUUCCUUUGUUCAAACACAUCAUUUAUGAGUGUGACAUUUGUAAGUGAGGUAUAUAUGUGCGUUCCAAAUUGUUUUAGACAGUUUUAUUUGAAUAUUCAACAACAAAAAAUUAAUCCAUAUACAUACAAAAAAAAAUAACACUAAUUUAUCAUACGCGUUGUUAUAUUUGGUUUUACGUGUCCUGCGGUGAAGGGAAUUUACAAAACAAUGUUUGUUGACUGUAAAUAUUAUAGCGCAAAAAUAUAUAUAUCUGUUUCACUCUGUGAAACAUGACACGUAGACCAUUAAAUAACACCCCUGCUACUUGGUACGGCCCAGGCAUUGAGCAACAAUUGUGCAGUAGGAUGUUGAGUGCCCGUGAAUACUGCACGAGGCUACGGGAGAGGCAACUGUAAUGUUGGGCUCUUCCCACACCGCGGCUUCGCGAUUGAGAAGUUAAUUCAUUCCUUAGAGUUGGGCACUCCACGUGCGCGUGACCCUGCUUUGCGCUGAUUCUUCGUGGAGAGCUGCUCACUGGACAGCGUCUAUCUAUGGUGAAUGUGCCAUGGGGGUGUGCUUGUGAUUUCUCAACAGAAGAUAGCGUUUCCUGUGUGAGUGUGUGCAACUAUUGCCCCAAGACGCGCAGCCCGUCAGCACACUGUAAAAACUAAAACUGUUCCGUGGCAGACACACGCCAAAUUGAAUGCGAUGGGAAACCAGGUGGAGCGGCUGACUCACCUAACGUACAACGAAUUGCCCACCGCCGACCCGACCGGACUAGAUGCUGACCUGGGCUCCCAGAUCGGGGUCUCCUACAUUUUUUCUGACGAGGAAGAACACGUGGAGGAGGGCGGGAUUUCAACAGAGGAUACGAACACGGCUGCCCACGAUGACGGCGGCGGCGGCAACGAUGACAUCGAGUAUAUGGUGUACCACAAUGAAAAGUGCAUCUUCUCCAAGCGCAGGACUUGCACGAACCUGCGCACGUACCUGCCGGACGUACUGGCAGCCCGCUGUAAAGCAGGUGACCUCGUCGAGUUCGUGAGGGCCCUCAAGCAGCCGCACUGGGCCGUGUGGGUGGGCAACGGGCAAGUGGUCCACCUGUGCAACCAGGAGAUCAAGAGGGAGACGCUCGCGCUGGCCUCGCGCGGAUGGCGUGGCCGAGUGGUCAGCGACUGGUACCGCUUCAAGCCGCUGGAGGUCGAGCUGGUGGUGCAGAACGCGUGCAAGCACGUGGGACCGUCGCGCGGAGUGGCCGACGCGCGUUGGCACACCUCGGAGGGAUUCGCCGCCUGGUGCCGCUACGAGCGGCGAGAGUUCAAGAGCGGGGGCGAGAUCCGCAUCGGCAAGCAGCCGUACGCGCUCAAGGUCUACCUGGAGGAGGAGCCCAUCGUCAUGAGCUUCCAGAGCCUGGAGGAUGUCAUCGGCGAGAGGAGGAAGCGGGACAAGCAGGGGAAGGGCGCGCUGCUUCAGGAGCUGAGGCAGGAGCUGUGACGGCGGGGGGGUGGGGGGCGAUGCGGUGGUGAGCAUCAGGCGGGCGCGGUGGGGGGCGGAGGAGGAGGGGGGGGUCACCACUUUGGCGUGUUCGGACAAGUUAGACGUAGCCCUUCUGGGGAUCAGGAUUUCAAGUGAAAAGACGUUUUUUUGCUUUCGUCAACAAACAGGUUGUGUAAUGCCUUCGUGCGUUGAACAUGUUUGUGGAUUUGUAGGGAGGUCAGGUUUAUCGAAUUGGAUUUUUUUUUAUUUGGCUUGCCGUAAAAUCUAUAAGAGAAGUCCAGUGAUCUACGGUUACAUAUUAAAAACGUUUAUUAGCAAAUGAACUGAAAUUACAGUGUGGACGUCGGGUGUAUUUAUUGUUUAAUGGCACUCAUCCUGGCGUGUGUCAUGACCAGGAUUGCAUUUCAAUGCGCAGCUGCCACAGCGUAUUUUUCCUCUUCUUGUGGAGACGCACAAAGCAAUACUCCACACAAAGAGGAGAAAGUGGCAGAAAUAGAGGUUGUAUCUCAUAAAAGAUUUAUGAUCAAAGGAGGAGCCCAGCGUGCAUUUCAAUUUCAAAAUAUUGAGAGAGAAAACUCAGAGAUGUGAUUUUGUGGACGAGAUGUGACAGCAUAAUAGAAUAAAGGAUAACGGUACGUGGUUGCUCAAGAUUAAUAUCUCAAUAAUUAUAGACGAGACAGUGCAGAGAAUAUUUUCAAUAAAAACAAUUAUUCCAUUAUAUAUUUCAUAAAUCCAAAAAGCCUGUUUUGUAAUGUUGCCCACGCUGCCUGCAGUGUUUCAAAUGUAGCCCCUUUAACAGUGAUCGGUUAAGUAGUUUAAAUAAUUGCUGUAGUAUCAUUAUUAUUAUGAUGCAUAAUCAUUUUCUGCCCGGUCACUGCGCAAUCAUUAAGACUGGUUGUUCAAGAAGCUAAAGCAAAAUAACUUUCGGAUUUAAUUUUCCCCCCAACGUUCGCAUAGUUGCUGGGGUAUUUUAUGCAAAUUACUUCAUACUUCCCUGCUCACAAAUCUCUGUUGUAAAAGCAAUCCAAGAAUGUGGUAGGUGGAUAGGGGUGUGGAAUUUGACGUGCCAGAAAAAUAAUGUUUUUUUAUAGAAUAUUUUGCAACUGUACAUGCUAUUUCUAAGAAUAUAACAACAACAAAAUUAUAUCAUAUCACAUGAAGUGCAUUGUAUUGUGUGUCCAUGGUUUUCUAUAAAACGAAUGAUCAUUCACUGUAAUUUGUUGAAAUAAAAUUAUCUGCUGGAUUA